GCAUCUUUAAUUUUCCUAUAUAAACCCCUCCAUUUCCAUCCACCUUCUUAACUCAUAACUUCAUCUCACUUCUUCUCUUGCUUCUAACACCUACAAAAUUAUAACCUUCUUAUUAUAUACAAAAAUGGACAAGCUUCCAAAAUGUGAUGCAAAUUAUGUUGCUCUUACUCCAUUAACUUUCUUGAAAAGAGCCGCUUCUUUUUAUGCCCAACGCACUUCUCUUAUAUACGAACGUACUCGUUUCACUUGGGCGCAAACUUUCCAUCGUUGUUCUCGCCUCGCGUCUUCCCUGCGUGCACUCAACAUCGUUAAAAAUGAUGUGGUAUCUGUUCUGGCCCCGAAUGUUCCUGCUAUGUAUGAGAUGCAUUUUGCUGUACCAAUGGCCGGAGCUAUUCUCAACACGAUCAAUACCAGACUCGACGCUAAGACCAUUGCCACCAUUCUCCGCCACUCUGAAGCCAAGAUAUUCUUUAUUGACUACGAAUAUGUUCCUAUAGCACGUGAGGCCCUCCGGUUACUGAUGGAUAUUUCAUCCGAUGAAGCCACUCUUCCUUUGGUUGUUGUCAUUGAUGACAUCGACUCACCCACCGGAGUCCGGCUAGGCGAGUUGGAGUAUGAAAAACUUAUCCAAAAGGGUAAUCCAAAUUUCGUACCGGAAGAAAUUCACGACGAAUUGGAUCCGAUUGCCUUGAAUUACACGUCAGGUACAACUUCCGAGCCGAAAGGAGUCGUUUACAGCCAUAGAGGCGCUUAUCUGAGCACUCUCAGCUUAAUUCUCGGCUGGGAAAUGGGGAACGAGCCGGUUUAUCUUUGGUCUCUCCCUAUGUUUCACUGCAACGGCUGGACUUUCACGUGGGGAAUCGCUGCUCGCGGCGGAACUAAUGUCUGUAUCCGUAACACAACGGCGUACGACAUGUUUCGUAGCAUCAAUAUACACAAGGUGACGCACAUGUGUUGUGCUCCUAUUGUUUUCAAUAUCCUUCUCGAGGCAAAACCACACGAGCGCCGUCAAAUUAUAUCCACAGUCGAGAUUCUCACCGGCGGCGCUCCCCCGCCAGCUUCACUACUUGAAAAAAUAGAGCCGUUGGGAUUCCACGUCACGCAUGCUUAUGGACUGACAGAAGCUACAGGGCCAGCACUUGUUUGCGAGUGGCAGAAAAAAUGGAACAAACUGCCGAAAGAUGAUCAAGCCAAACUGAAAGCAAGACAAGGAAUUAGUAUUCUGACAUUAGCGGACGUGGACGUGAAAGAUCUUAAGACAAUGAGAAGUGUUCCCCGAGACGGAGUAACAAUGGGAGAGAUUGUGUUACGAGGAAGUAGCAUAAUGAAAGGUUACUUCAAAGACCCGAAAGCAACCGCGGCCGCGUUUAGGAACGGCUGGUUCGCCACCGGGGACGUCGGAGUUAUACAUCCAGAUGGUUAUUUAGAAAUUAAGGACAGAUCAAAAGAUGUAAUAAUAUCGGGCGGCGAAAACAUAAGCAGUGUCGAGUUGGAAUCAGUAUUAUACGGACAUCCGAGAAUUCUUGAAGCGGCUGUAGUAGCAAUGCCGCAUCCAACAUGGGGAGAAAGUCCAUGCGCUUUUGUUGCCCUAAAACAAAAUUCACAUGAACAAACUGGUGAUGUUAAAGAAGAUGAAAUUUUAGCUUAUUGCCGAAAAAAUCUUCCGAAGUUCAUGAUUCCGAAGAAGGUGGUGUUCUUGCCGGAGUUACCAAAGACUUCCACCGGAAAGAUUCAGAAGUUUCAGUUAAGGGCAUUGGCGAAGACAUUCGAGGUGCGUAACGAUGAGAAAUCCAAGAAAAACAGCAGCAAAAAGACGGGUAGAUCAUCAUCAUCGGAUCAAGUUGCUGUUCAUGCUCAUCAGCCUCAUCAUGAACAAGUUCUUGCUAUGUCUCGUCUUUGAUGUUUAAUUUAGUUUUAUAAUUAUAAUCAAGUGAUUAAAGUUUUGUAAUUCUAAUAAGUUUGUGCAUGUAUAAAGAGAGGAAGUUACAUACAUUUUACUUA